UAGCCGCCGUCGCCGCCGGGCGCGUCCACGCCGCGCUGCGAGUCCUCCUCCUCUCCCGUUACCGAGGCAACGGCGGCACCUCCUCCGCGACCGUCCGGAUCGUCUGUCCGCGCCAUUUUCAAACUGCCCUAAAGCUGGAGCCGGUGGCCGGGCGGAAGAAGCUAGCGAGGGAGGCGAGGUGUUGAGAAGCGAUGCGGCCGCAGGCGGAGGGAGCGGCCGGAGUUGCCAGACUUUAAUUUUUUGAAGUGAAUAAAACUGGUUUUGGAAGACAAGAUGACUACUGCUGCAGAAAGAAAGUAUGUUAAUAUUAGGAAAAGACUGGAUCAAUUGGGAUACCGCCAGACUCUGACAGUAGAGUGCUUACCUUUGGUAGAAAAACUUUUCAGUGACCUAGUUCAUACAACAGAGAGCCUUCGGAAAUCAAAAUUAUCUGCUGUGAAAGCUGAAAAAGAAAGUGCCAAUUUUGAUUUUGUUUUGGAACCCUAUAAAGUUGAAAAUGCAAGAUUGUGCAGGGAAAAUAAUGAAUUAUACCUGGAAUUAAUGAAACUAAGAGAACAAUCAGGCCAAAAAACUAAAGAGUUGAAAGCUGCACUGAAGAAGUGUACAAGUGAAACAGGUGACCUGAAAUUUCUAAAUAACCAGUACGUUCAUAAGCUCAAACUUUUGGAAAAAGAGAGCAAAGCUAAGGAUGAAAAAAUACAGCUACUUCAAGAAAAGAAUUUGCAGGCAGUAGUACAAACUCCAGGUGGCAAGAAAAGAAGUAUUGCUUUCAGGCGCCAGCGUAUGCAAAUUGACGAACCAGUUCCUCCUUCUGAAGUCACUUCAUAUCCAGUUCCUCAGCCAGAUGACCCUUAUAUUGCAGACCUCCUGCAAGUGGCUGAUAACAGGAUUCAGGAACUUCAACAGGAAGUCUGCCAGUUACAAGAAAAGUUAGCAGCAAUGGAAAAUGGAGUGAGAGAUUAUAACAAGCAGAUUGAGCUAAGAGAACAAGAGAUAGAACGGCUGUCAAUGGCAUUGGAUGGUGGUCGCUGCCCUGAUAUUCUCACUCUGGAGAGUAGAAAUAAAACCAACGAGAAGCUUAUUGCUCAUUUAAAUGUUCAGGUUGACUUUCUUCAGCAAGCUAAUAAAGACCUGGAGAAGCAUAUACAAGAGCUUAUGGAAACCAAGGAAACAGUCACUACUGAAGUUGUUCAUUUAAGUAACAAAAAUGAAAAACUCUGCCAGGAAUUAACGGAAAUAGACCAGUUAGCACAGCAGUUGGAAAGACAUAAAGAACAAGUGCUUGAGACUGCCGAUAAAGAAAUUGGAGAAGCAAAGAAAGAGAUUAAAAGAAAACUCUGUGAAAUGCAAGAUCUUGAAGAAACAAUAUCAAAACUUCAACUGGAAUUAGACUUAUGCCAUAAAGAAAAGGAGAGACUGAGUGAAGAAUUGCUUAUAAAAUCAGAUCUUGAAACUGUUGUUUGUCAACUUGAACAAGAAAAGCAAAGACUUUCCAAAAAAGUUGAAACUUUUGCAGAUAAAGAAAGAGAACUUACUUUGGAAGUUGAGAGGAUGAGGCUAGAACAUGGAAUAAAACGCCGAGACAGGUCACCUUCUCGUUUAGAUACAUUUCUGAAAGGCAUAGAAGAAGAACGAGAUUAUUAUAAGAAAGAGCUAGAAAGACUCCAGCAUAUGAUACAGCGAAGAUCUUGCUCUACAAAGUAUUUUACGCGUGAAAAAGUUCACAUUUUAAAAACACCAGAGAAGGGUGAUUACAACUCAGAAAUUCGUCUCGUCACAAGAGAAAGAGAUGAACUUCAUUGUAUGCUAGAAAGAUUUGAAAAACAUAUGGAGGAAAUACAGGCCAAUGUUAAAUUAUUGACAGCAGAAAGAGAUAAACUAAGUGUCUUAUAUAAUCAAGCUCAGGAAGAAUUAUCUGCUCUAAGACAGGAAUCCACCCAGACCACAGUCUCCCCAAAUAUUAUCAGUCUUAUGGAAGAGGAAAAAGAAUGUGCAUUAUCUGAUUUAAGAAGAAGUAUGGUAGAAAAGGAAGCUUUAAGAGAAAAGUUAAUUAACCUCCAGGAGAAGAGUCUUUUGGGAAAAUCAGAAUUAGAACAAACUAUUGAACAUUUGACAUGUGUUAAUCAUCAGCUUGAAAAUGAAAAAUGUGAAUUAAAGUCAAAAGUGUUAAUAAUGAACGAAACAAUAGAAUCAUUAGAGAACAAAGUAAAACUCCAAGCUCAGAAACUUAGCCAUGUUGCUGGUGACUCAUCUCAUCAGAAAACAGAGAUGAACUCACUUAGGCUAGUAAAUGAGCAGCUACAGCGGUCACUUGACGAUUAUCAGCACCGACUUACCGUAAAAAGAGGUGAACUUGAGUCAGCCCAGUCGCAAAUUAAAAUACUGGAAGAACAGAUAGAUAAACUAAACCUUAAGGUGACUUCACAGGAUGAGGAGACUAAUGUAAUGAAAAAGACUAUUGGUGUUAUUGAUAAAGAAAAAGACUUUCUUCAGGAGACUGUAGAUGAGAAGACAGAAAAGAUUGCAAACUUAGAAGAAAGCUUAGCUAAUAAAGAAAAAACUAUUGCUCAUAUGAAGAUAACAAUCUCAGAGUAUGAUUCAUCUUUGAAUCAUCUAAAGGAUACAUUGACUAACCGAGACCGUGAGGUAAGCAGCCUCCGGCGCCAGCUUGACGCAGCUCACAAAGAACUUGAUGAAGUAGGACGAUCUAGAGAAAUAUCUUUGAAGGAAAAUAGAAGAUUACAAGAUGAUCUGACUACAAUGGCAAGAGAAAAUCAGGAAAUCUCAAUGGAAUUGGAAGCAGCAGUGCAAGAAAAAGAGGAAAUGAAGAAUAGAGUUCAUAAUUAUAUAACUGAGGUGUCACGAUGGGAGAGCUUAAUGGCUACUAAGGAAAAAGAAAAUCAAGAUUUGUUAGAUAGAUUUCAGAUGCUUCAUAACCGUGCCGAAGACUGGGAGGUUAAAGCCCAUCAAGCUGAGGGAGAAAGCAGCUCAGUUCGACUCGAACUACUUUCUAUUGACACUGAGAGGAGACACCUUCGAGAAAGAGUGGACCUAUUAGAAAAAGAAAUUCAGGAGCACAUAAAUGCGCAUCACGCUUAUGAAUCUCAGAUCUCAUCGAUGGCAAAAGCCAUGUCUCGAUUAGAAGAAGAGCUUAGACAUCAGGAAGAAGAGAAGGCAGCAGUGUUAAAUGAUUUAUCGUCUCUUAGAGAACUUUGCAUUAAGCUUGAUUCAGGCAAGGAUAUUAUGACUCAACAACUGAAUUCCAAAAACCUUGAGUUUGAGAGGGUUGUGGUGGAAUUAGAAAAUGUAAAAUCAGAAGCAGACCUGUUUAAAAAACAACUAACAAGUGAGAGACAUACAAUUAAAAACCUUGAAUCAUUGUUGGCUACAAAUAGAGAUAAAGAAUUUCAUUCUCAUCUAUCAUCCCAUGAGAAGGAUACAGAAAUUCAGUUACUUAAAGAGAAGUUAACCCUUUCAGAAAGCAAAUUAACUUGCCAAAGCCGGGAAAACACCAUGCUUCGAACUAAAGUGGCGCAAUUACAAAUAGAUUAUGAUGCUCUGAAAAGACAAAUUUCAACUGAAAGAUAUGAACGAGAACGAGCAAUCCAAGAGAUGCGUCGACAUGGCCUUCCUACACCGCCCCUUAGUUCUACCCUGAGGUCUCCUUCAAAUUCUCCUGAACUUAGAAACUUAUAAUUAUCAGAAAGUCACCUUCUCCUCCCUUUUCAGAAUAAUGGCUUUCAGUAAGUUGGCUGUAUGGAUUUUUAAAAGGACAGAAUAGAAAUGGAAGUAUUUGAAGUACUUGGUCCUGAAAAUCAUGAACAUUGGCACAGAUUCUACCUCUGUCAACUUUUCUUUAAAUCAGUGAAUAUUUAUGUAAAAAAAAGUUUGAAAAUAAUUUAAUAUCCAUGUGUAUAUUUUCAUAUAUAACAGAACAAAGUAUGUAUUAAUAGUGAUAGCUGUAAUAUAUGUAUUUUUAUUAUUAACUGACUUAAAUUACUCCUCAGAGUGUGUUUAUACUGCGAAUUAACGUAUUAUUCAUAUUAUGCUUUGAUAACAUGUUUCUUAAUGAGCCAUGAUGUAUGUAUAAAAUAUUUUUACAAUCUUUGUUUUUAAAGUGUUUUUGGUUUUCAUGCCUGUGUUUAUAACCUAUAUCUUUAACGCAUUCCUGAAGAAUUACUAACUUUGAUGCUGUUCCAUCACAUUUAACUUAUCUUCUAAGUAUAAAAUUAAUUAUUCACAGAUUUACUGUGUGUCAUCAGGGGGAAUAUAUUUUGGCCUAGUAUUAAAAUAGACUUAGCAAAAAUCUUGCUAAAAUAGUGAUCACCGUAUAUAAUGUAUUAUUGUCAAUAGGAAGAACUGUGAUGAAAAAGAUACAUUUAUGUACUAUACGUAAUAUUAUUUUGGCUAUCACUUGGACUCUUCACAUAAUACAGAUUCUGUCAAAGUCAAACUAAAAGCUGUAUUCAAAGUUUUUUAAAACAAUAGAACAGAAAUUUGGGACUUUUUUCAAUAAUAAAAUUCCUCGGUGUAUUAAUCUAAAAUUUCAGAAUAUAAAGUUAUGUAGGGUAAAUAAAACAUUUUUUAAUUUAUUCAGAGAUAUACAAUAAUAUUCGUUUUUUGCUUCUAAACCUGUAUAUUAUAAUUUAUCAGUCUCCCAAAAUCAUUUUUAAAUACUGAACUGUGGCAUAGAAAUAGAAAACAGCUUUUUACAAUUAACUUUCAAAGUUGUGAUUUUAAAUAAUUUAGGUUAUGUAUGGGUGCGUGUCCACUUAUGUUAAUAAGAAAAGAAGUACAAAGUAGAAUGUCAGAUACAGAAACUAAUCGUGUUUGAGCCAUUGAGCCAUACACAUUUGAAGAAAAUCCUGUUCUAAUAAAUUUCAUUAUGACUGAGAAAGAACUUAAACACUAACGUAGGGAAGUGGAAGAAGAGUCAGAACAAUUAUUUUUGAUACAUUUUGUUUCCACCUGUGUCUUAAAAAACUAGAGUUUGUGUGUUUAUCUGGGAACUCAUUUUCUAAAAUUAAUAGCCUUAUAUGUUCUGGUUAUGGCCUUUGCAAUAAUUCAGUGGAUAAUUGGAUGUGGUGUGACUUCCUUUUCCACCAUCUUUGUAAUUUGAGGUACCCCAUCUCCUUUGUGUGAAUUUAUGUAUUAUAGCAAAAUAUAAGAGCAGUGUGACUGCAGUGUCACAUGGAAAAUCUUUUAAUAAAUAUGUAAAUAAAAUAAAUAUUUGUUCCCACCUUUUCCCCCAAAGCAAUAUUCAAACAUAUUUUGUUAGGUAUUUUAUUUUUAAUUUUUUCAAUAAUUUAAAAAUAUCUAACUUGCCAUAAUUGUUAUUUUUAUAACCAUGAUACUAUAAUUUUUUUAAUGGGUUUUAUCUCAAAAUACUGAAUGUUCUGACCUUUUAUAGAUAUUGAAAGUUUUGUUUUAAAUAAUUUUAAGUAAUGGAGCUUGACAUAGAUUUUGCAAUAAACUGUGUAGUUAAUUUUCUUUCUUUCAAAUAGUUUCUUGUGGAUUUUACAUUAACAAUAUUAUUUAAUUCUAAAAUUGAGUAAAAAUUUACUCAAAUCAGACUUUAUCAUGGUGGGAUAUGGAGGGAUAUGGACAUUAGGUGCCAGACACACUUUUUUACUGAUUUUAUUUUUUUCCAGUUAGUUCAAAAUAUAUGAAGUCAAAGUUUCUAUUAGUAACCCUUCCACAAAAUGGUUGAACAGGCUGUGUGUGUACAUUUUUCUCACUUGCAAAUGCUCUUUGUGAGAACAUUAAUUACCAUUGGAUUAAGCCACCUGCUACCCCACCUUACUGCAGUUCUCUAUCACACAUCUGAUUUCAUACUACCCUCCUCAAUUCUUAGAAGAUUUUAGCACCUGGCUUGCUGUCUUUUUUACCAUUAGUUGUGUUAUCAUUCUUUGUGUCAUUAUCUUCUUGGACUAAUGGUUAUCGACUGUAGCUGCAUGUUGGAGUUACCUGGAGAACUUUUUUUUAAUGGGAAUCUCAUGGCUGAAUCCUACACCAGACCAACUA